AGGAAAAACGACGUCGACCAAAGCGGAGAGCCGGGACGUGAACCAACGUGAACCGCGAGCGACAAUUUGGCCGGCGAUCCGAAUAGAGCCGCGGGAGGAGGAAAUCGGAAAAAAAGGCGAAACGAAGCGAGAAUAUCAGCGAUUGUUCCAUUAUGGAAGGCGCACUUGAUGGCAGCCCGCGACCCGACUGCGCCAUCGAUCGCCCGAGAAUUCACGGCCCGCGAUCGGCGCUCUGACAUGACGGCGCGUGGAUGACGCGAGGCCGAUUCGCAACACGACGACCACGGGAUCGGCAAGCAAGCGAGAGCGGAAUAUGUUCGACCUGCUGGCGCCGGGGAACCUCGUCUUAACCUUGCAAUCGAAGCCACCCUUCGUGCUCGAGAGCGCCUUCGCCGUCGCCUUGACGGUGCUGUUGGCGGCGCCGUUGAUCGCGCGCGUCUACCUCCUGUUCAACGAGCCACUGAAAAACUUCGCCAAGAGGCCCGCCCCGUCCUGCCGUCGCCGCGGCCGCUCCAGCGAGUCGCUGGUGAUACGUUACCCAGCUCGCGAGGUCGCCGAUGUCACCUCGAGUUCCGAACUGUGUCUCGGGGCAGCUCGUGAGAUCAAUUCCACGUCAGCCGCGCGAGGCGACAACGAUGUCUCACGGAGACGCUCAAGUAGAGAACAAGUGGAGGACGAUGAUGUCGUGAAGAAGAUCGAGGCUCGCGAAUUGCGCAAGCGGAAACGUCCGUCCUUGAGUCGUCUCCUAUCAUCGAUCGCGACGGCGUGUCGACCGUUCGACAUAUCGGGCCUCGAUUACAAGGCCUACCGCCAUCGACUGAUCGAGGCUAGUCUGCGGCAGCAGUACGACGACUAUCAGCCUCCGGGUGACGUCGUGCUGAACUCGCUGCAUCUCAACUCGGCCGACUCGGUGAUCGGCGUGCGACUGAACGAUCACUACGACCACAGCCUCUUCGACUUCGUCGAGGAAUACUAUGAUGCCACCAAGACGACUAGUCGGGAGAACGCCGGGCGUCAGCCUCAUCCGUUGGACCACUUUCUGGUGAGAGGCGCGAGGAGGCCGAAGACCGCCGAGAGGCAGACGGAGACGCAACCCGAGGACGAUGUCGACCGCGAGUCCUUCGGUUGCGAAAGUGCCAGGGAUUAUCUCCCAGUGAACGUCGACAGCGUUUCGCCCAAAUCGCCUAGCGUGGACACCAACGGGAACCCUCAUGUUCAGCCGCCGAGCAAUGCCUCGACUGAACAGAAAGUCGUCGUAAGGAGAAACGACCUGGAUUCGACUCCAACGCGACCCCGUGUGCGCGCCUUUAAGGAGACGCGUGAAAGCAGCUUGAAGGAAGAUCGGAGAAAGUCCUCUUGGACAACGAAGAAUCGAUCGGCAAGUGCCGGGAGCGCCUCGACGCUCCAAGGAUCAAGGGCCUUGUCUCGAGCUGCUACACUGCCGGAGAACAGAAGACUCCUUGGAUCACCGGGACGGAGGAGGAGCGCAGACCGUUUCGGCGAAUCCGCGAAGAAAUUGGAAGAUCAGCCGAACAGACCGCAGUCGCCGUCGUCGUCGUACGGACGAACGGGCGGUGGUCGCCAGGAAGAGACGAGGGCGAAUUUCUUCCCGCGCAGCUCCAGCGAGAUCAUCAGCGUCUACAGCGAGUAUUCCGGCAAGCACCGGGACGAAACGUCGUGCCGUUCGCGGGAGUCAUCCAUCAGCCCUAGGAGUCGCGCGCGGCCCCCUUGGCUGUCAGGGAACCGUGGCAGUUCCUUCAACAGGAAAUACGCCAAUAUCGCCAAGGACUCCGCGAGAACCGGUCAACCGGUUUCGGCGCGUGGCAGAAGCUUGCCUCGGCAAUCGGCAGCUCCAAGUGGAGGACGGUUGUCGAAGCCCGUCAGCCGCGGUUCAACGUUGCCCGGGCUGAGAGCGAAUGUAAUCGCGUCGCGGCAAAAGGAACAUAUCAGAGUGCCUGCUGAAGAGAAGCAAGAGGAGGAAGAGGAAAAGGAGGAGAGAGAGGAGGAGGAGGAAGAGGAGGAACGCGAGCAAGAUGUCACCGCGACAUCUCCUCGUCCACAAGAAGACGAGUUGAAGGAAAAGGUCGGCAGGAGAAAUCUCGUCGCGCAGGGUAGCGACGGAACUGUACGGAUUCCACGGGCGUCUGGUUCACCCGAGGAGGGAGUACUUGAGCCGGCGAUCUCGAGGUUCCCUCGGGACAACGCGGUGUCAUUCUCUUCUCCGAGGACGCGGGCCUGCACGAGCCGCAAGCCCCAAGCUUCCUUUGACGCAUCCGCCAGCGUGACGAGCGCAACAACCCCGCGGAUCCGAGCGACGCGGGGGCCGCGCUCAGCGCGACUGGUCCCAGACCCAGGGAAGAAGCAACCGACCAGGAACACGCGCGACACCAGUGAAGAUUCAAAGCCGCCGCUCAUGCAAGAUGGACGGACGAGUGUGGCGAGAUUAAAUCGCGGGCGACGCGCGGCGAAUGCCGCCUCCGUCAAAGCCGCGCCGCUCGACUCGAAAAUCGAAUUAUCCAGACAAGUGUUGAACUCCGCCGACGAUACCGGCGAUGAGCGCAGUGUCCCGCCGUCUGUCGACUCCACGAAAGUCGGGGAGCACGCGUCCCAGGUCGCCCCGCCGCGAGAGAGCGCCGAGAGGAUGACGGGAGGUGACGGGGCAGACGCCCAGGAGGUCCCGGGUGUGAAAAAUGCGCUUGGGCAGGCGACGGCGGAGAACAAUGCGGGUUCUAAUAACAGCAAUCGCGUCGCUCGACCCAGGGCCCCCGAGACCACGCGGAAUCUGAGGCCGAGGCCGGCCAGCGCGGGCCAUCAUCUCGCCGAAAGUCACCGGGUCGCUCCGCGGGGCGCGUCGACAGCGCGGAAAAGUGCGAAUUCCGAGACCGCGGGCGGGGUAAAGCGCGUCGAACCCUCGGCAGGGUCAGCGCGAGCAAGGCUACUCCUGCGCGAGCACGGCGCUGUCGACGGGGCGGAGGCGCGGGGGAAGUGCAGCGGGGCGACCGGCACCGCGUUCGGCGACGAAGAAGAGCUGAGGCUACCGCGGCACGACUCGAAAAUAGGACUCGCCAUGAACUCCGCUCUGAGGAGAUACAUCGAGACGCUGAAGCUGGGUCUCCUGGACCGUAGCGAUAAGCACGGUGUCGCCCUGGCGUCUCUCAGCCUCACCGACGCCAUAUCCAUUCUGUCGGGGGAAAAGGCGCCCCUGUCGGCCGAGGAGACUCGCGAGCUGCAGAGCGUGCUGAGCAGGGUGGAGAGGAACCCCGAGUUGUUGUUGCGCAAAACGUCGCCGUCGAGCGCGGACAACACCGCGUGAAAUUGCGACGGUACAUCAUCCCCCUCCUUCCGCGCCGUCGGUAUCAGAGCCAGCGCCCCGCAGCUUAACGCGAUUGCACGCAGUCUUUAUCGCGAAACGAUUUGCAAUUGGAGUUUAUUGCGCGCCGGACCGUGUCGCGCGCGGGCGAAUUUCGGGUGUAAACGUUAUACUUGUUGGAAUCGAUAGCGCGUGUAAUUAAAACAAUACGCCGGCCAAUAGACAAAAUGGCGUAGUCGCUGUUCGUUUCUGGCCGUACGGAUCCCCGUCGCCGCUGAACGGGGGAAAGGAGGAAGGAAAAGGAUUCGCAAACACAGGGCGUUUGAUUCGGGCGUGAUUGACGCGUAAUUAUAUCACAUCGGCCGGAUCGUUGUUUCAAUCCCGUAAUCACAGAGCGGAGGCCCAUUUCCACAGCUUGUGCAGCUGGUCGCGGUCAUAAAAAUCAGCGCGAAAUCGCGUUCCCAGCGCAACCUACUUACCUACAAGUGGAACUGCUAGCGGCAAUCAGCGGACCGCGGCUGAGGCCGCUGAUUGCCGCUGGCAGUAACAAUAGGUGGACGGCUAAGCGCCGUCGACGACGACGGCGGCGGCAGCGAGUGCCAUGAAGCGGUUAAUGAACGUCUCCGGCGGCCGUCUCUCUCUCUCCCUCUCUCUCUCUCUCUCUCUCUCUCUCUCUCUCUCUCUCUCUUUCUCUCUGUCUUUCUCUGCGCGUGAUUUACAUGCCAGUCCGCGGGCGUGAUCCCACACAAGUGCCACCGUUUAUUAAUAAGUCAUAAAGGAAACAGGGGCCAACGAGGCGAGGGAGUGAAGACGCGGGCUGAAAGUGUUUCUCGCGAUGACGACAGACACUUACCGAGGAGACGAGGCCGAGUUGUUUUGUCCCUCGCUCCACCACGUGGACCGCCGCGUGCCGUUGACUGACCCGCGAUCGAUGCCCGCUCUCGGCCGAUUACGUUCGUUAUCUUACCACUCCACGUCGAUGCGCGUCGUUGUUCCAAUCAGGACUGGCCUUUCGCGCACUGGCUAUAUGAGUCCACGACGUCUACGUGUGGGUAGUGUAAGUUGGCCACAAUUACGUGAGACUGACACAGCCUACAAAAUUAUUCUCGGCUUUUUCUUGUCCACACGUCUUUCUACGUAGAACAAAAAAGAUCCAGAUAUCGUGGACGCCUGGAAUCAAAGCGAUGUGUCUCAUCAUUUGGGGGAAAAUAGUCCAAAAGAAUAUGUAUUCUGUUGAAAUAAAUGGUACCGUUAGAAUCCUUAUAGAAAACGCAUAGAAAAUGUUAAAAGAAAAACAGGAGAGAGAGAGAGAGAGAGAGAGAGAGAGAGAGAGAGAGAGAGAGAUGAAAAUCUUUAUGAAUAAAACAAUACGGAUUAUAAAUGCUAAUAAUGUUUAUUGAUUUAGAGUGACUCUCCGAUUAAUUUAAUCGUCGAUUUAUUCCGUUGUAAAACCAACAAGGAUUGGCCAGUAGCUAUUUGCUGAUCACGACGUAAUUAAUCGACAAUUAAGUUAACCGAAGCUUGGUAAAAUCCACCUUAAAUUAAUAAAUAUUAUUUAACAAAAAUUGAUUAGCAUUUAUUAUGCCAUUUAUUCACCCUUUGAAUUUAUUUAUUUCGACAGAAUACGUAUCUUUCUGGGCCAUUUCCUCCCAAAUAGCGAGGCGCACAUUACUUUGAUAUAUCUUUAAUCUACUCAUGAAUAGCUACAAUUUUAACAAGAAAUAAUUUAAAAUGCCGGAAAAUAUAUGGGGCUCCACUUGGCAGCGCUUUUUCGCUCCAAAAAAUUCGGAGAGUGACGAAAUGAGAAAUUUGCAAAUUUGUUGUCUCUUUUAAACGUUAUAUAUUUGUAAUCUCCAUGUCCAAAACACACGGAUACGGUAACUAUCUCAUAAUGUAAUUACUCUUUUUCUUUUUGCGCACGCAGUUCAAUGUAAUUCGCAAUAUUCCACAUAAUUCCACAUUGUUUACACGAGAAACGAUUGUGUAUCUACAUGAGGUAGAAAAUACGUAAACAAUUCGCGCGGACAUAAUCUUGAAAUCUGCGAACGCAGUUCCGGGGCGAUAUCACUCGCUCUCGAUGUUGCUCGCUACGUUCUCGCGAGUAAUUGGAAAAGUCCGUAAUUAUCGUUUAUUAUUAUGAUCAUUAUUAUCGUGCCGCUUCGUAUCGGGCGGCGAUGAUGGUAAUGAUAUAAUAAUAUUUACCAUGGCCGUCAAUACCGGAUGGCAAUAAUGAUGUAUAAUGCAAUCCGAAUUUUCGCGUUAUCCAUCACGCUGUUGAACCUCUCCCCGUCAGAUUCGAGUUCGCGCAGUCAAGCGCGCGUACAUUUUCUUUGCGAUCACUUGGCGAGUGAUCCGCCGGUGUUAGAGUGCUAUUACCGGGUUGUCAAAAGCCGCGGGAGCAGCGGGUCGGAUCGUUUCUAUAGCGAACUUUAAUCCCCCUUUGAUGCAUCGGGCUUUCAAUGUACCUCUAAUCAAUCUUACUAAUCUGACGUAAAUUGACUUUCACAUGAUUAAUGAGUCCGCGCCGGUACUACUGGCAAGUUUUUUGCUGCUCACCACUUUUACUCUCUCAUUGAGACGUCGCUUUUUCGCGACUCGACCCCGUGUAUGGGCAUCUACGGGAGCAUUCCGGCGGCUUGGCAUCCCCGACGACAUUCCGACCAAUUUAUUGGAAAGCCCACGUCAGUCAAGACGUUUCAACAGCCGGCUACGCUCGGAGCGCUUCCGAUACGCCCGUAUACGUCGAAUAAUAUCUAAAUCGGGGAUUGAACCUUUUUAACUCUGCUGGGACCAUCGCGGAUGGAAGAUCCCGGCCGCCAGCGUGAACUCGAUCGAGCACGAAAGCGCGCUUUGUCCCGCUCUAAUUUAACUUGGUCGAAACGAAUUCGGCAAGCGUCAGAGAGGCAGAGGUCCUGAAAAAAUUGGCGUCUGCCCUCGAGCUUCGCUGUGCGAAAUCACGCGACUUUGGAAUUACGAGAUCGAAACUUCGGCGAAUUGUCCACCUCCGGCGAUCCUCUCAAACGAUAUUUCUUGCCAAUUGUAUUCACCAGCUCGUGCGCGCGCGGUGAUUUCAGGCGUUACGCGAAGUCGAGCGGACAAGAGAGCGUAUCUUUACCUCCGCCGGACUCUAAUUGAAAUUUAAAGCCGAUGAAACGAGAUUGGCAAGUGUCAAAGAGACCCCGAAAAAAUUGGCGUCUCGAACUCCGCUGUGCGACUUCGAAAUCGCGAAAUCGAGACGUCGACGACUUUCAAACAAUAUUUUUCCUCAAUUAUAUCCCUCAACUCACGGGAGUGAUUUCAAGCGUGAUAUGGAAUCAAGAAAGCACACCUUCCCGUCUUGAAACUUAAAGUCGAUAAAACGGAUUUAAUAACUGCCAAAAACACCCGAAGAAGCGAACAUCCACUCGAAGUCCGCUGUACAAAAUAUCGCAAUCUCGAAAUCACGAAAUCGAAACGGCUCUUGAACAAUAUUCCUCUCCAGUUGCAUCCCUCAGCUCGUUGGGGUGCUUUCAAGCGUGAUGUUAUGUCAAGAGGACAAGAGAGCACAUCUUUACACUUCCAUCAAACUCUAAUUGAAAUUUAAAGUCGAUGAAACGAGUUUAAUAAACGCCAAAAAAGUCUGAAAAAAUUGACAUCCCCUUGUUCUCCUCUGUACUAAAUAGUGCGACUUCGAAAUCACGAGAUCGAAACUUCCGUGACUCUCAAACAAUAUUCCUCUCCAGUUGCAUCCCUCAGCUCGUGGGGGUGCUUUCAGGCGUGAUGUUAAGUCGAGAGGACAAGAGAGCACAUCUUUACACUUCCAUCAAACUCUAAUUGAAAUUUAAAGUCGAUGAAACGAGUUUAAUAAACGCCAAAAAAGUCUGAAAAAAUUGACAUCCCCUUGUUCUCCUCUGUACUAAAUAGUGCGACUUCGAAAUCACGAGAUCGAAACUUCCGUGACUCUCAAACAAUAUUCCUCUCCAGUUGCAUCCCUCAGCUCGUGGGGGUGCUUUCAGGCGUGAUGUUAAGUCGAGAGGAAAAGAGAGCACAUCUUUACACUUCCAUCAAACUCUAAUUGAAAUUUAAAGUCGAUGAAACGAGUUUAAUAAACGCCAAAAAAGUCUGAAAAAAUUGACAUCCCCUUGUUCUCCUCUGUACUAAAUAGCGCGACUUCGAAAUCACGAGAUCGAAACUUCCGCGACUCUCAAACAAUAUUCCUCUCCAGUUGCAUCCCUCAGCUGGCAGGAGUGCUCUCAGGCGUGACGUUAAGUCAAGAAACCUUCAUUUCCGUCAAACCCCAAUGGACAUUUCAACGCCGACGAGACGAAUUUAGCAAGUGCCAAAAAGGUUUGCAAAAUUGAGCAUUCCACCGUUCUCCGCUGUACAAAGCCGCGCGAAAUUAUGAAAAACGAAAAAUGUCAGCAAUGCAAAGUAGCGCUUUUCCCAACAGCAUUUCUUUCCGAUUGCACGCUCCGGCUCGCGCGUGCGCGAUGAUUUCGGGCGUUAAGUGAAGUCGGGCGAACUGGAAAGCACGUCAUUACUUCCGCCGGGCUCUAAUUGAAAUUUAAAGGCAAUGAAAGGCGGAAUUUAGUCAGCGCCGAAAUGGCCCGAGACAAUGGACAGCUCCCUCGGCGCCGUGGAAAAUCGCGCGACUUUCGGAAACGAAACCAGGGAGAGAGGAGACGCGCUCCCAUCCCCCGCGAGAGAUUCUCAAAAACAACACUUCUAACUUCCAUUACUCAGCUCGCGCGAUGAGCUACUCGAUAACGGGAGAAUGUAUUGU